GUGUGUUUGCGAUGGUUCACGGUGACCGUUUGUCAUCCGUUGUUCAUCCGAACGCCCUUCGAACUGUGUCAGCAAAGCACCAUGUCGACGCUGACGGAUCUCAUGGCGCAGGCCAACGAGCCACCGACUUCUUUGCAGGAGGAUCCGGCAGCAGCUUUCGAGCAUGCAGAGGUGGAGCUGCAACUGACGGAGUUUUUCGCCUCGCCUCCAUCCUCGCUCUCGCUGGUCUACCUCCGGUACGUUCGUCGGCUCACCUUCCUCUUCCGGUGGAUCCAUGUGUCGGCUGAGUGUCAGCUAGGCGACCUUCCGGAAGCACGGCACGGGCACGUCCUGUCCGCCAUUGAGGAGGUGAGGCACAGGGCCUCAGAUAUGGCCUCGGCUGGCCAGCAGCUUCUCUCGCAGAUGCCGGAUGCCGGUCUCCCCAGCCGUUGGGGCGAGUGGCUUGAGCACGUGCUGGAGGUGAGCCAUGCCUGUUUCUGUCGGCUCCGCCUUAUGAGCUUGCCCCGUUCAGUGUUUGGAUCUCGGACGGUCUACGGUACCUCGGUGGAGACUGUGGAUUGCCAGCCAGAGUUGCCGGCGUUGAGUCAGACAUCCAGGGUGGUAAGAAACGCGGCUGCGCACUAG